UGCCGGGUGGUAUGAGCUGUGUUUGGCAGGCAUUUCACCUCCUCUUCGCUCUUCCCUACAUAUACUCCCACCGAAAACCCAAUCUACUCACUUGCAAUCUCAUUCUCUUCAUUCUCCCUCUCUUUCCCAACGACCCAAAUGCCCAUUUUCCUCUUGCAAGACAUCAGUCCUUGAUAUUUACGCCCAUCUCAUCCCAGCCAUUGAAUCAAGCGAUCCCUCUUUCCCAUUUAUAAAUCCGCUAAACGUACCUCUCUUUCAAACCCCAUUUGUUUUUUCCGACCAUAUGUGCCAAAAUCCAAUCUAGAGUUCUUGGUUUUGUGAAACUGGGUAAGUCUACUUCCAUUAUUCCUUAAAAAUACCUUGAUAAAAGCCUUGCAAGCAUGUAAUUCCCGUUUUCCAAACAUACCCAAAUCCCAAAAAAAAAAAAAAAAAAAAAAAUUCAUUUUUUCAGUCCCUUUUAAAAACCAUUUGGAGGUCACAGACUCUUCUCAUUUAUCUUGGUUAAGCUGGCCUUUCUUCUUCCCAUUCCUUAGAAAAAACAUUUAUAAAAUCCAUCAAAUCAUGUAAUUUUGAUCUAUUUUCCCCUACCCCACCAAAAAAAAAAAAAAAAUCUAGUCCUCUUCUUCACGUGUAAUUGACACAUAAAUAUCUGGUCUAGUGGUAUAAAUCUGCCCAAAAUUCAUAUCCUGUAGUACCACUUUUGCAAAAACCUUCAGAUCAUGUAAUAGUCUACUUCUCUUGUUGCCCCCCCCCCCCCCCAAAAAAAAAAAAAAAAAAAAUCUAUUUUUCUUGUUUCGAUUUUAUUACGAGAAUGCCGGAAUCUGAGAACGGUACGCCGAAUGUAUCGGCCCCUGCUACGCCCGGCACGCCCGGCGCGCCGCUGUUUAACCCGCUCCGAGUCGACUCGCUAUCGUACGACCGGAAGUCGAUGCCCCACUGCAACAAGUGCUUCUCUGUCGACUCGUGGGUCCCAUCUCACACGUGCUUCACCGACUUACCCAGGCCCAACGUCUCCCUCACCAGGAAGCUGGGAGCUGAAUUCGUGGGGACUUUCAUCCUGAUAUUCUUUGCAACGGCUGCACCCAUUGUAAACCAAAAAUACAACGGUGCAGAGACGCUGAUCGGGAAUGCAGGAUCGGCAGGGUUGGCUGUGAUGAUCGUGAUCCUAUCAACGGGCCACAUCUCUGGGGCCCACCUCAACCCAUCUGUCACCAUCGCAUUCGCGGCGUUCCGUCACUUCCCGUGGGUACAGGUGCCCGCGUACAUCGCAGCACAGGUGUCGGCAUCCGUAUGCGCGGGAUUCGCACUCAAGGGCAUAUUCCAUCCGUUCAUGUCUGGUGGGGUUACGGUGCCAUCGAUCAGCACGCCCCAGGCGUUCAUGCUCGAGUUUGUUAUCUCUUUCAAUCUCAUGUUCGUCGUCACCGCCGUCGCGACGGACACUCGCGCGGUGGGAGAGUUGGCAGGAAUAGCCGUGGGAGCAACCGUUAUGCUUAACAUUCUGAUAGCCGGGCCAGGAACCGGUGGUUCCAUGAACCCAGUACGGACGCUGGGUCCCGCCGUCGCAGCCGAUAACUACAAGAUGAUCUGGAUUUACAUGCUGGCCCCCAUCGCCGGGGCGGUCACGGGCGCUUCUGUCUACACGGCCGUGAAACUCAAUGCCGAGGAGGAGGAACCACCACGCCCCGUCAGGAGCUUCCGUCGCUAACUCUACCGUCCAACUCCCAUCUAUUCUGGGCCCCACCUCUCCAUCACAUCGCUCCUUACUUUAUAGAACAAAUACUAUUUAUAUAAUGGUCCAGUAAAAGGCGGAACGACUUUAGGAGGUGACGCAAAGUCCACGAUUUCUGUAUGGAAAGAAAUUUAUAUUUAAAAAAAAAAAAAAAAAACCGUGAAUGCGCUGGGAAUUAUAAUCAUGCAUGCAUGUUCACACACAUACAUGUUGUUGGUGUGAUCUCAAGCGAAUCGUUUGUGUGGUUUGUGAGGUUUGUGUGGAUUUGGAAUAAAGCGAUUAUAUGCAGACAAUGCAAUCGCUUGCUUUUGUAUAAUAAAAAAUGUGUAAUCUGACGUUGGAUUUCUUAUAUUAUUAUAUUGUUGCGUGUAAA